AUGGCGCGGGCGGAGCCGCCCCCGCCCACAGGCGGUCCCGGCAGAGCGGCCGCCUCCCUGCGCGCCGCUGGGUGGAGCCGUGUCCCGGCCGGAGCGGGCGGGAACGGCGUCGGAGGUGGUGAAUGUGCCCCGGCUCUGCCGGGCUCGUCCCCGCCAAGGCCGGCCCGCGCCGGGGCGCGCUGGGCGCGCGGGCCCGAGCACAGCGCCCCCUCAGGCCGCUCGCCGCAGACGCAGCCGCAGCCGCGGCCCCGAGCCCAGGGACUGCUCAUCGACCGCUCCCUCUUCGAGCAGGAGCUGCUCAACUCGGGCGACGCCCACGGGGCGGGCACUGAGGGGGCGGGACCAGCCCCCGACUCCUUUCAGGCCACGCACUUCGGCAGCUUCGUGCGGCAGCUCAAUCUCUAUGGCUUCCGCAAAGUGCCGGGCUGGGUUGGCUCAGAUGAGCCGGGCGAUGCCGGGGGCUGGCUCCACUUCAGGAACCCCAACUUUCGUCGCGACCGCCCCGAUCUCCUGCUCCGCAUCAAGCGCCUGACCAGGGCCAACAGGCAGCGGCUGGCAGCGGGGCUGGAGGUGCGCAGCCGCCAGCCCAGCCGCUUCCAGCAGCUCCACACGGAGCGGGUGGUGCCCUCCUUCCCCGCCGGGCAGCCGCCCAGAGCCGUGCUCUCAUACCAAGACCUCGCUGCUGCCUCAUCUGAGGGUUUAGAGCUGCUUCCAGGCCCUUCCAGGCUAAGUGCAGGUGCUCAGGAGGCUGAUGUUUUCCUAAGAUCACCCAAGAAAGUCUUUGCCACAUCCGGACUUCUUGGGAUUUCAUCGCAGCAACCAGGCACAGGCAAAUUUCAAUUUAGCCAUGAGCUCAUCAUUCCACUGGUUCCCAUGGAGCUUAAAUGCCAACCUGAGCUCAUCAUUCCGCUGGUUCCUGUAGACCAUCGCAACCCUUCCAUGGCCUCUCCACAGAGGAGUAGCUGCACAUCUUCAGAGCAGCAGUUGCCAGCCUGCAGGCCAUCAGAUUUCCAGUCCAUGCUUUAA